CAGACCAAGAACCCAACCACCAGAAACACCAUACCCAACUCAAACAAACCAAUACCCCAAACCCACCAAGAAAAUAAAAACCCCCCAAAAUGGCCGACAGCAUCGACAUAUACAACCAAUACCCCGUGGUCCUGGACCCGACCUCCAAAGCCAUCAACCUCUCGUCGCAAACCACAACCCCAGCCUCCGCAAGCACAGUAACCACCGAACUGACCGAACUAAACGCCCUGCACCGCGGCCUCAUCUCGCUCGACGCGCCCAACAUCCCCCCACCCCCGCUCCCCAUCAACCCCAAGCGCAGCGCCCAGAUCACCAAGCUCCGCGACAGCGCAAACGCCGCCUACCGCAAGGACAACCACGCCGAGGCCGUGCGCCUGUACACAUACGCCAUCGACAUGGGCAUCGCGCGGCCCGGCUGGGAGCCGAUGAGUCUAGCGCGGGAAGAGCUGGCGGGCUUGUUUGCCAACCGUGCGCAGGCGUACAUGGCGCAGCAGGCGUGGCCGGAGGGUUUGGUGGAUGCGAAGUGUAGUGUUGAGAGCAAGCCCGUGGGUAAUGUCAAGGCGUGGUGGAGGGCGGGGAGGUGCUUGGCUGAGAUGGGUCGCUGGGAUGAGGCCCAGGUGGCUAUUGAUAAGGGGUUGGAGUUUGAGCCGCGGAAUGGCGACGGCGCGAAGGAGUUGCUUUCCUUGAUGGAGGAGGUUAAGGAGGGAAUGAAGAGGGCGAAUGCUUCUGCUUAGGUUGGAUGGCUUUGAGGGUGCUUGUCACAUGGGGGUGGUUAGGGGGUAAUGAGGCUUGAUACAUCCUUGGGCUGUAUUAUCAUUCUGUUUUUUACUUAUCUGCAUGAUUGUCAUCAUGGGUUUCGUUUCGUUAGUGACGGCGUUGGGUUGGAAUGAACUGGUCUUGAUAUCUGUGUCUAUAUCUAUAUAUGGUAGAA